CAUCCAUCCCAGCUGGCGCGGCCAUGCUGGGCCAUGCUGAGCCAUGCGGUAGAUGGUCUGGCCUUGGAUCCAAAGCAAGGGACGAAGGUGCUGAAGCGCCUGGCCUGUGAUGUCUCGGCAGUCUCGCUGCUGCGGCAGCUGAGGGAUGGGCAGAUGGAGCUGGACCUGAUCCAUUUCUCGGCCCUCAGCGCACGUUUGCCAUCGCACCAGUGGCCCCAAGCGCUAUGGCUGCGCUACUGGGCUGCAGCCAAUGUGGAAGGUGAGCCGAUGCAGCACCUGAUCUUCGACACCGCCGUGAUGCGCGUCUCGCGCUGGCCGGUGGCACUGGAGCUGUUGCGGCGCCGUGGAGUCCGUGGAGCCGAUGUGGUGGCGCUGAACAGUGUAUUGGCGGGUGCGGCCUGGGCCACUGCCUUGAGCCUUCUGAGCUAUGGUGCGCGGCGCCGGCUGGGUGAUGCGGUGUCCAAGAACAGUGCUGCGCAGCGGAUGAGUGACCAUGGUGCCUGGCGAAGAGUCUUGCGUCUAGUGGGAGGUCAGAUGGAUCUGGUGUCUUUCACUUGUUGUCUUGGUGCGGUGGCAACCGUCAAGCGUUGGGCUAAAGCAGUCCGGUUGCUAGGUCACAUGGAGACCGAUGGUCCACGUCCCAACGACAUCAGUUUCAACGCUGCCGUGGCGGCCAUGGAAGGGUGGCAGAGAGCAAAUCAGCUGCUGUGUGCAGCAUGGCGGAGAGGGUUUCAAAGAGCUCCAUGGCGGAUGACAAAUAACAUCGUGGGAUACACUUCGAUCCUUUCUGCCUCCGCGAAACGAUGGCGGGAGGCAUUGCAGAGAUGGUACAGCAUGGCCGAGGUGGGGCUAAGGCCCAACGAGAUGUCUUUCACGGGGCUGCUGAGUGCCAUAGACUUUGCCCAGCAAUGGCCCUUAGCCCUGCGGCUCUGGGGCAGGCAUCUGUGGCUUCGCAGCCCGGUGGCGUUGAACGCUGCACUGAGCGCUGUCGCUCGCGGGGAACGAAGGAUCUGGCCAAGGGCCUUGCAAAUGCUGAAUGACAGCGGUGAUUGGCAGAUUCGUGUGGAUGCCUUGGGGCAUCAAAACCUACUGCUUGGCCUUGGCUCUUCCCUCAGCUGGCGCUUGGCGCUGCAGCUCUUGGCGAAAACGCCAGAGAGGGGGUUACCAGGUGCCAUGAAAGCUCUUUGCUCCGCCUGGCUUUGGGAGAAAGCUUUGCACCUGCUCUGCAGAAUGGACGAGCUUCGUGAAAGGCCAGAAGCGACCAGUUUCGCCUCCGUCCUCCACGCCGCUCUGGAGACUUGCGCCGGCCCCGCGGUGCUGGCCUUGGUGCAACGCUUGGAGCGCGAAAGCUGCGAGCGCUGCGAAGCGUCCGAAAAAGUGGGCACAGGUGGUGGGAUGGAGGCCGACGUCGAUGUGUCGCGGAAAAUCGUGAAGCUCUUGAGUUCUUUGGGCAAGGCGAAGCGCGCAGAUGUGGCUCUGCAGCUGUGGGAGGAGCGGAUCCAACUGGAUCAACUGGGGCCAUGGUCCGACUCGGGGACAGUCGGCUUUCGACCCGACUACCUGACUACCUGGCCAUUGGCCAUUGAAAAUCUCCAGCUGUUCCCAUGGGUCCUGGGAUUUCAUGGGGAAAAAUAG